GAAGCACUUUGAGAGUGGUGAUAAGAAGCAGGGUUUGGAAACGCAAGCGGUGUUGGGAAAUGCAAGCUUAUGUGGAUUUAUAGAAUGGUAUGUAAUUUGGUCUUUGAGGGUAAAAGUUGUACUCCCAUUGAUGUUAUUGAAGCUUCUCUGAAUGCUCAGGUGGAGUUCCUUCAGGAUUAGGGUCCUCCUUAGCUAGUCCUGUGACCUCUGCUAUGAGUCAUCAUGAAGAAAAACAGUUGUCACAGGUUUUUUGGAAAUCAAACUCGUUUUGAUCCCUCAAAUGUCCCUUUACCAGACAAUCGUUGGAUUUUAAAAUGUAUAGAUAUUAUGCGAAUUAGACAAUUAGGGAUUGGAGUGGGGCCGAAACUUGGAAAAAAAGGGUUAUCAGGUAAAUCCAAAUUGUGUACAACGAGCUAUCAGGUGUGGUAAACAUUCGACGGCUGAAAGGAUCCGAUCAUGCACCCAACCAUCAAAUGCUCACGCCAGGUCACCGCAGCGAUUCUGAUACCGCGCGCCUACGUCUGGAUACAGGACCGCGUGACAAAAACAGCCCUUGACUCCGAUGCUGAUGCGUGGGAUGCUGUCAUUGGACUGGGUGCUGACGCAGCAAUAGAGGGACGAGUCUCUCCAUCCAUACGUUUGCGUCUCGGAAUCUGAAUUCUCUCCAGUUUUAGUCGUCCUGCACAGAGCCGAUAAGAAUUUCUAGGGUUCAGACUUGAGAGAGAGAGAGAGAGAGUGCAAGAUGGAACUGGAGGUGGUGGGAUGGCACGCUCUUCUAUUCGACGACGACGCGACCUCUACUUACGUUGAUUCAAAGGACGCCCUUGUUGAAUGGAACGCGCUUCUCAUCGAUCGAUACGAUGUUCGCCAUCUCCUUCAACACCCUCCUCCUCCCCUCAAGAAGCGGCGGCACCUCCCUUCUUCUCCUACCUCAUCGGAAACCGAGCUCGAUCAGGAGAGAUACCUCGACCUACCUCCUCCUUCUGAUGACCUAGAUUCAUCAUCUCUCCUAGGAUCAGAUAAUGGAGCAGAACCAGCAGUUGGUGGUGGUUAUCACGCAGUUACAUUCUCUUAUGGAAAUCCGGGUGUUUCUACUGAUGAAAAAAAUUCUGAUGCUGGGUUGGGAUAUUCCAGUUUUCUGCCUCCUUUCCCAGUGCCUGAAAGCCUUCUUCAAAACCUACCAUCUACAGAGAAAGUACAUCAGAUCAUUGCAAGGACUGCUAUAUUUGUCUGCAAAAAUGGGGGUCAGUCAGAAACUGUAUUGAGGGUCAAACAAUGGGACAAUCCAACUUUUGGGUUUCUAAUGCCCAACCAUCAUCUUCAUGCAUACUUCAAGUUCCUUGUUGGUCAUGUGGAUCUUCUGAAUUAUGAUGUAGAUGCUAAACUUGUAGUUGAGAAGAAUGAAGGGAAUAAUCCGAUAAAUGAUGUUUCUGGUGAGGCAUUAUCCUUGCUUGGUUCUUUAUAUGGUUCUGGAGAAGACGAGGAUGGUACACUCCAGUUUGUCUCAGAAUCUAAAGAGAAGGAACCUGGUGAAUCCUUAUAUCCUGCUAAUGCAACAAUUUCUCAUGGGACAGAAUGUGCAGAAUCUUCUGUUAGAUUGCCUGGAAAAGCUGCUGAGGCUCCCAAGCCCCUUCUUCGUGCUGCUAAAGAAAAGUCUCUUUUGUCAAAAAGAAAUCGAUCUGGGACUGCUGAUAAUUCUGAUGUCACAUGUAGCGAGAAAAGAGAAGUUGAUGCCCAAGGUUCGUUUGGUGUUUCCAUGGAGAAGCCACAGGCAUCCACUUUGCCAAGCACCUCUAAGGUUGAAUCUUUGAUUUUGGAGCCUCCGUCCCAUUUAAAGAGGAUGGUUGAUAAAAUAGUGGAGUUUAUUUUGAAAAAGGGGAAAGAGUUUGAAGCAGUACUCAUAGAGCAAGAUAGCAAAAAUGGGAGCUUUCCAUUCCUUUUACCGUCCAAUCAAUAUAAUCCUUAUUAUCUGAAAGUUCUUCAAAAUGCUCAGGAGUCUAUGUUUCCUGGGAAGCGUUUUGCUGCUCCAAACCAUGACAAGAUUGGAAAUGUGGGGGGUCAGAAAGGUGGUCUGUCCAAAGACGACAGUGUUGCACUACCCAGAGUAUCUUCAGUUUCUGAUAUUCCUUUUGAUUCUGAGAGGAAAGAGAAAUUUAAAAUGGUAAUUGGUGGGUUAAAAAAGGAUUCUCAUGAUCUUCCACCCAAACCUCCUCAACAGCAGAGUGGAGUGAGCGUAGAUACUGUUGCAGCUAUUCUUCUGGCAGCAACAAGAGGCCUGAGGUACCAUGCGGAUGAUUCAAGUGUUGGCCUUGGUAAGGGUGGGCCAACCUCAAGCUUUGACAGUCUAUCCUCAUCGCAAGGUCAGGGCUCUACACAAAAACCUAUUCCUAAUGGUAAGUCCUGUGCUUCCAUGUCCAUUGAGUUGUCUAGAUCUGCUGGCCAGUCUGAAAAGGAGGGUAGCAAAACCAGUGGUGUAUCAGUGGCUAAGGCUAUUGCAAAGACGGCUGCCCUUGCUGCUGCCAGUGAAGCUGACUCUUCUGAAGCAAGCUUGACAAAGGAGCAGAAGCAGAAGGUAGAGAGGUUGAAGAGGGCAAAGAUGUUUGCAGCUAUGAUAAAGGGUGGUACUGCAACUCAUGGAAAGGAUCUGCCGACCCAUUCUUCUGAACCCCCUGAUUCUGUGCUGCCUGGCUUACUGGAUUCUGGCUGUGAGGCUUCAACAUUGAAUGAUGCAACAGUGGCACCUGGCACCUCAAAUCUUUCAGGUGCAGAAGUGGAUCUUCUGAGAAGAGAAAGAGGAUGGAGCUCAGUGCCAGUAAAUAUCAAAACCUCUCAUAGAUCGAAGUCUGAAAGGCAUGGCUCUGAUGAUGAUACCAAGGAGCAAAAAUCAAGGAAGAAGCACCGGCCAAGGUCAAGAAGGUAUGAAGAAGACGGUGAUGAUGAUGGUGAUGAAUGUGAUCAUAGGCAAAACCGGAAGAAGCACCGUUCCCAUCGUUCUUCGUCCCACCGCAAAGAUGAGCAAAAGCACAGAAAAAGACAUUCAUCUCCAGAUUAUGAGGAAUCUCAUCGUGGCCAGAAGCGUCAUAGCUUAUCUGAGGAUGGGCAUAAGCAUCGACUUAGAGCUGAGAGGCAUAGAGGCCACUCAAAAAGAGAAGUGGAAGCUGAGAAUGAGGUCAGUACAGAAGUCACAGGUCAAACAAGUACUCUCAGGGUUGAUGACUGUGGCAGUAUGGAGGCUGCUCUGGAUUUAUCAAAAGAUGUUCGAGAGGGAUCAAACUCAUUGGUUGCUGGUACUUCACCUUCUGACACUACCGAAGUAUCUGAGGAUCUGAGAGCAAAAGUCCGGGCCAUGUUGUUGGCAACCAUGUGAUCAGCAGUGUUUCUUAUUCUUCUAAAUCAUGAAGUUCCUCUGAAUUCAAUCAACCCACCCCACCCACACCACCACCCCCUCCCCCACCCC